AGGGUUCUGGUCUCGGGGACCAGGCUGCUUUCAGGCAGCAGGGGGGCAGCGCGUCUGCCCCUGUUCAACCUUGUAAGGAUGAUUCCUCAAAAAAAAAAGCAGCUGUGGGCCUGCGUUGCGCCCCAGGCAGCGGCGCCGCCAGUGACGGACGCGGGCUUCAUGCUGGGGGACCGCAUGGGUAUGUGGGCCUCAGGCCCGCGGGGGGCGGGCGCGCUGCUGUGGAGCAUUUUGCGGGCCACCUUCUUGUACGCCGUCUGGUGUGCGUACUGGUCCCGCGAGCCUGCUAAGCAGACGUCGGAGCAUGUGGUUCGGGAGGUGGUCAACUUCUUCUAACCUUAGGACGCAGAUACACGUUAUUGAAGUAAAAGAUAUCUCGCUGCGAACACGCGCGGAUACCAACUUGGAAGCACUCUGUUGAGAGCUGACGGAAAUUCGGAGAGUUGAACCCCAAAAUGCCCUACCGUUCCAGCCCCUAUUAAACCGAUCGGUAUGGGGGCGGUUACCGGGCGGUCACCCUAAUAAACCGAUGGUCAGCGUCGGUUAGCAUCGGUCAGGAUGGGUAUGGGUUGGCUGAUCGGUAAAACCUCGGUAAACUUUGAUAAAAUGGUAACUUCCU